AUGGAGAAGCUGCUAUGCCUGCUGGUGAUGGGAGCUCUGGGGUACUUUGGGAGAGCACAACAUUGCCCUGGCCGCUGCAUCUGCCAGACUAACUCUCCAACCCUCACAAUGCUGUGUGCCAAGACAGGACUUCUAUUUGUUCCACCAGCCAUUGACCGUCGAACAGUGGAGCUACGACUGACGGACAAUUUUAUCACCAUCAUCCGGCGCAAAGACUUUGUCAACAUGACCAACUUGGUGCACUUGACACUCUCACGGAAUACUAUUAGCCAGAUUGUACCCCUAGCAUUCUCUGACUUGCGUUCUUUGAGAGCCUUGCACAUGAACAGUAACCGGAUUUCAGCUUUGAGACCGGAACACUUCCGUGGUUUGGGCAACUUGCGCCAUCUGAUUUUGGGCAACAAUCAGAUUAAUACAAUCCAGAAUGGAGCUUUCCAUGAGUUCCUUCCCACUGUGGAAGACCUUGACUUAUCUUAUAACAACUUAAUAGAGCUGCCCCUGGGAAGACAUUGGACAAAUGGUCAACCUGAAUACAUUAACUCUGGAUCACAACCUCAUAGAUUACAUUGCUGAAGGGACAUUUACUAUGUUGCUUAAGCUAGUAAGAUUGGACAUGACCUCUAAUCGGCUGCACAAACUGCCUCCAGACAACCUAUUCCUCAGGUCUCAAGUGUUGGCCAGUACAAGAGGCUCCAGUUCCUCCUUGGCAAUUAGUUUUGGUGGAAACCCCUUACACUGUAACUGUGAACUCUUAUGGCUGAGACGACUGACAAGAGAGGAUGACUUGGAGACUUGUGCUUCUCCAGAACAGCUAACAGACAAGUAUUUCUGGUCAAUUCAAGAGGAAGAGUUUAUCUGUGAACCUCCUCUUAUUACUCGACACUAUGCCAGCAAAACAUUUGUCAUGGAAGGACAGUCUGUAAACCUCAAGUGCAAAGCAGUAGGAGAUCCUGAACCUUCUGUCCACUGGAUUGGGCCAGAUGGAAAGCUCAUCCACAAUACAUCAAGGAUAGUGGCUCAUGACAAUGGAACCUUGGAUAUUUUCAUAACAACACUAAAGGACAGUGGUUCUUUCACCUGUAUAGCAUCCAAUGCAGCUGGGGAGGCCACUGCUCCAGUUGAAGUGGCAAUAGUACCACUUCCAUUGUUAGUUAAUAACACAGCUCACAUAAAAGAACCUGACCCUGGCUCCUCUGAUAUCACAACCUCCACCAAAUCAGGCUUCAAUGACACAAAAAGCCUACAGGACAGGAGAAUAGUGGUGGACAAGUUGAAGUCCACUUCAGUUGUCAUUCAGUGGCCAUCGGAGCGCCAUAUUCCUGGGAUUCGCAUGUAUCAGAUUCAGUACAACAGUUCUUUAGAUGACUCUCUGGUGUACAGAAUGAUUCCCCCAAGCAACAGGAGUUUCCUUGUGAAUGACUUGGCUCCAGGCCGUGAGUAUGACCUUUGUGUCCUAGCUGUCUACGAUGACGGAAUGACCUCCUUGACGGCCACGCGAGUGGUAGGAUGUGUCCAGUUCACCACUAAAGAAGAAAGCGGACAGUGCAGACCACUUCAUACCCAGUUCCUGGGGGGUACAAUGAUUAUCAUAAUUGGAGGGAUCAUUGUGGCUUCUGUUUUGGUGUUUAUCAUCAUCCUGAUGAUCCGAUAUAAAGUAUACAGUGGUCAGGAGGAAGGAGGCAAAGCCAGGGUUAGCAAUGUUUAUUCCCAAACCAAUGGGCAGCAAGGCAUGGCCUGUGCCCACUCCUGUGCCAAGCUGGGAGAAAAUAACUAUGAACCUUUGCCCCCAUCUUCCAAAGAGUCCCCACUGGAGAGCAAAGACACUGGUAAAAGAGAUGUCCAGCCACGUUCACCUCCUCUGGCCCACUGACUGAAAUGGACAAGCGUAGAACUAGGACCUCCAGUGAUCUUCAGACGGUUGCUCUGUUAUCUUCUCUGUCUGCGGAAGGGGACCACACAGAGACCAGUGCCCUUGGCUCCACCACCUCUCUAUGUCUGGUUUCUACUGACGGGCAAAAUCGUGUGGGCCCCAAAGCACUUCCCAGGACUUAUCAACAUAGGUUUUCCUUUGAUGGGGACUACACCCUAUUCCAGAGCCACAGUUACCCUCGCAGGGCACGGACAAAGAGACACAUGUCCACUUCGGAGUUGCACAACCAAGAUGCUGCCCUGGGACAUAGGAGAGUCACGUUUAGCAGCACAGAAUGGAUGCUAGAGAGCACCGUGUGA